CUCUUCAUGAUUUGCAUUUUACCCACACCCAACCUUAUGGCAAAAACUCCCUUCCUCAUCCCUCUUAUGUUUCUCCUGUUAUUUGCAACCUUCAGGGCUACUCUGUCGGCCAACAUCACCAUUGAUGAAUUCGCCCUUUUAGCCUUAAAAUCCCAUAUAACUCAUGAUCCGCACAACCUCCUAGCAACCAGCUGGUCCACUUCUGUAUCUGUUUGCAAUUGGAUUGGUGUCACUUGUGGAUCCAGACACCACAGAGUCAUUGCUCUGAAUUUGUCAAUUAUGGAUCUCACGGGCACCAUUCCAUCUCAAUUGGCAAAUUUAUCUUUCCUUGGCUGGCUCGACAUUCAUAACAAUAGUUUCCAUGGCUCUUUACCUACCGAGUUAACUAAUUUGCAUCGGCUGAAAUAUUUGAACUUUGGUAGCAACAGCUUCACUGGUGUUAUCCCAUCUACUUUGGGCAAUUUGUCAAAAUUAGAAAGGCUGGUCUUGUAUAGCAACGAUUUCAAAGGGCAGAUUCCUAUAACAAUUGGAAAUCUAUCAAACUUGGAACAGUUAUAUCUGGAUUAUAAUUCUUUUUCAGGUUCCAUUUCUUUCUCGAUCUUGAAUAUAUUUUCAUUAGUUAAAAGUUGUUUUAUAACUAACAAUCUCACUGCAGGCUAUCUAGAGUCGAAAAUAUUCGAUAGCCUUUCUAAUUUGCAAGAAUUAAGGUUGGAUGGUAAUCAGAUUUCUGGUAGCAUUCCCAGCAGUUUAUACAAGUGCAAAGAGUUGAGGUAUAUAUCAUUGUGGAACAACUCUAUGGAAGGAAGUAUACCUAUAGAAAUCGGAAAUUUGACGAUGCUCCAAUCUUUGUAUCUUGGUUACAACAACUUCAAAGGUGAAAUUCCAUCUGUUAUUGGAAACCUUACUUCUCUUAAGCAUAUUGGCCUUUCUCAUAACAACUUCUCAGGUGAAAUUCCAUCGAUUAUUGGAAAUCUUACUUCUCUCGAAAGGAUUUACCUUUCUAAAAACAACUUAAAAGGUUCUAUUCCUUACUCAAUCUUCAACAUUUCCUCGUUGCAAGAGAUUUCACUGGGAUACAACAAUCUCUUUGGUUAUUUCUCUUCCGAUAUGUUUGAUUAUCUUCCUCGAUUACAUUAUCUUAAUUUGGAAUAUUGUCAACUUUCUGGAAGAGUUCCAAUGAGUUUAUUCAAAAACAAGAGUUAA